CGUCGGACGAUGUGGAGUCUGUCAUUCCCCUGGACAACAAAGAUGGAACCGUGCGGUUCGGCUGGAUAAAGGGAGUCCUGGUGAGAUGUAUGUUGAACAUCUGGGGUGUGAUGCUGUUCAUCCGUCUGUCCUGGGUGUUUGGACAGGCCGGCUGGGGUCUGGGCAUUGUGGUCAUUGCUCUGAGCUGUGUGGUGACCACCGUCACAGGUCUCUCCAUGUCUGCUAUCUGCACCAAUGGAGUGGUACGAGGAGGAGGGGCGUACUACCUGAUAUCACGUAGUCUGGGACCAGAGUUUGGCGGUUCCAUUGGUCUCAUCUUCGCCUUCGCUAACGCUGUUGCCGUGGCGAUGUACGUGGUGGGCUUCGCAGAGACUGUGGUUGACCUACUCAAGGAAAACAAUGCCAUUAUGAUAGAUGAGCUGAAUGACAUCAGGAUCAUCGGCUGUAUCUCGGUUGUACUGCUGCUGGGGAUCUCAGUGGCCGGGAUGGAGUGGGAGGCCAAGGCCCAGAUCGGUUUGCUGAUCAUCCUCCUGGUAGCCAUCGUCAACGUCUUCGUAGGAACUGGCAUCCCAGCUUCCACCGACAAGAAGUCCAAAGGAUUCUUUAACUAUGACG